ACAUUUAUUACAUAUAAUGGUGUUUUUAUUUCUCUGUAGUAAUGAAUGCAAUUGUUGGUGUUUGUUAAAUAAUGGUCAGGUCAUUAAAUGUUGAGUUUCAGUGUCAUAUGACAGAUUAAGGGUAAUAAUGAGAUAAAUCCAGUACUAAGGUCAUUAUUGAUGUCCACAUUAAUAUUAAAGUCACCUCCAAUAAUCACUGUUUUAUCUGAAAGCUGUAAAAUUGAUGAAAAAGCUGAGAAUUCAGAUAAAAACUAUUUCCCAGGUUCAUCGUCUGAAAGAUCAUUUAAUCCACAGACAUAAUGGACAGUUCAGUCAGACAACUCACCUUUGAAAUGUUUAUUACAGCAGUACAGCGUCCAGGCUCCGACCUCAUCACUCCCCACAGAUAUGUUACACACAGAUAUUGGGGAGUGAGGAGCAAAUACCUUAACCCCCAGUCGGAGCCUACAGGUGGAUGCUGGGGGGCUUACAGAGCAGCAGCAGCAAUACAGAUACAGGGCAACAGUGGCAUUGACAGAGCAGAGGGAGAGCUGGGAAAUGUUGCAGUUUAAAUAGACUCAGAUUGGAAGGGAGCGCUUGGUUAGUGAUUAUGGAAUAAGGCAUGUCGUGUGUAUAUCAGCGCUUUCGUUUCCGUAUGCGCGGUGCAUCAUGGGUUCACUAGAGUAGUUCAGUAGUCAUCAUGGCGGCAGUCCGAUCGUACAGCGUUUACAUCCUUCUGUAUUUCUUUUGUUUCCUGGCUGCACAAGGUCUACAAGUGAUAUCAGUGGAACCUGGAGGUGAUGUCACUCUGCCAUGUUCAGCUGGUGAUGACUCCAUCAGAGCUGUAGAGUGGACCAGAACUGACCUGGAGCCAGAGUACGUCCUCUAUUACAGAGACGGACGCUCAGAUCCAACCUACCAACAUCCAUCCUUUAAGGGUCGGGUGGAUCUGACAGACAGAGAGAUGAAGGAUGGAAACGUGUCUUUAGUUAUAAAGAACGUGAUCAUCAGUGACAGAGGAACAUACGAGUGUCGAGUUGCUAAAGGUGGUCCAAGCCGUCGUAAGAGAGCCAACAUUAAGACUGACCCAAUCAGAACCAUCCAACUGGAGGUCACAGCCUCAGGUUCCGAACACAGAAACGCCGGGAAUGGAAACCACAUCAACACACACGUUGGACUGGCAGUUGGACUGAUAGCUUUCUUACUGCUUUGUUAAGUUAUGGGAAUAGAACCGGCUGAUGCUGAUGAAGCAGACAAUCAGGUCCUCUGAACUGUCACAGACCCAGCUGACACAGCUGAUGCCUCACUGCAGAGGGGGCGAUGACCUGUAGUGGACCCUUAAAAGUGUUUGUUUUCAGUUGUUGUAUAGAUACAACCUCCCAACAUCCAUCCUUACAGGGCCCGGUGGAUCAACAACGCAGUGACAAUGGAACAUACGAGUGUCUUAAGCCCCCCUCCCUAACCCAGUUUGAUGAAAAGGCUGCCCUGUCUCUCUGUGCUUCUCUCUUCAUAUAAAGACUGUGUGUCUGUUAAACAUCCACCAGAUAACAUCUCUAAAUCUGUGUGUGUCAAGAUCAGUAGCACUGUUGGUUGCUGCAUGUGUUGCAGACUGCUGGGUCUAAUUGAUUAUUGUAUUGAUGACGGGCCACACAUCGCUGCAGAGGUGGAGCCUCAUUUGUUGUCUUCUGUGGGCUUUCUUUCAUUUUUUGUUCCAGACAGAUCACUGAGGUCAUCCACUGCUUAUUGCACUUAUUUAUGAAGUAUUUCAAUGUGUACAUUGUUUUGCCAAUGAUGUAAUAACAGGAGCCUUAACUUUUCCUAAAUGCACAUAUUCUGUCUCAUAAAGACAUUGUGUUGGUUUACUGAGAGAAAACAUGCAUUAUAAAGUAUUUAAAAUGUGUAUUACUGUUACAGUAACUCUGCUUAAAUGCAUUCAUCAAGUCUCAUUUCCAAAGUAUUUUCACAUCACAUUGUGUUUUAAAACAUGUUUAUCUCUUCAAAAUAUCCACUUUACCUGUUCAAGACAAUGUGACGUGAUGCAGAAACAGUAUUAAAAUACAAUACAUUCA